AUUACAGGAAAAACAAUAACAUUUACAUGGAGCCAAACAGCUGGCAGACCCUCUACCAAAAAUGUUACAUAGUGCACCUUUAAGUCUAACCUGUGUACUAAAGCCUUUGGACCAAAAUGUUUAUCUCAUUUCUUGCAUUUAUGAGUUCACGUUGGUCUUACGUGCAACUUGCCAAUAAACAUGACCCUUAUCUGACAUCAACUGAAACAACAGCAAUAACCAUCAAAUUUGACUGGAGCAUAUUGAACAGACAGCACCAACAACAAAACCAAAACUACCAAACAGUAAAUGAGAAAUAAGAUUAUCAGAUAGACGGCUUCUAUGUGUUAUGACUGGUUUAUCUGCCUGUUGUGUUGCACUAUAAAGUUCACAGACUUGAGUUUAUUUGGCUUUUACCAAAUAAAAUGACCACAAAUGGCAAUGUUUUGUUGUUGUUUGUUUACUUUGUUUUGUCUUUAUAAAAAGUACAUUGCUUAAAGUUUCUGGUGGAGGUUCUACCACGUGCUUGUUUCGAUGGAGAAGUUAUUGAUUUGGCUGGAAUGUCCCACAGUAUGACAUUAAACAUGGCAGUCUCCAUGGUGACAAGCAGGUGACGCUACCUGGCAGAGUUACGGGUCAAAUCUGUGCAGAAACAAGCCCAUUAACAGCAAGAAUUUAUGUUUUUCAGGGUAUUCAUGAGUACUAAAACAUCUGCAAUUAAGUGCUAGAUUAAAAAGUUUAAUGGCGUACUACAGAACUAUUCAGGCAAUGCAAUAAUAUCUCCAUGGAAACAAAAAAGGUGAAACAUUAGCUUUAGAAAACAGACAAAAAUAGACAUUGGUUAUAAGGGCUACACAAUGAUUUACAUAAUUUAGUGAAACAGCAAGUAGACUUUUUCAUAUACAUGGCAGAAAAUGAACAAACAUGAACCCGGAUCACGGAAUAGGAUGGAAAAUAAUCUAAACUUCAGAUCUGAACUUCUCUGACCAGGAAAAGUGAAAUUAAAGUCAAGGGUUUGGGGGGAAAUGUGUUUGAAUAUAACUUGCUUUUAUUUCCUUGUAUGUUGAUGAUUCACUUGGAUGUAAACUAAAAAACCCCGCAUUGUGCACUGUCCUUGUUUAAGAAUUCAAAGCGUAGUCAUGCCGAUGACAUUUGCAGUGCGACAGAAGUGAAAUAUUAAGUUAAGAUAAGUUAAUUAUAUGUGAAUAGUAAAACAGUUACGAUGACACCAGGAAGCAUUGUUCAAGUAUUUAAGGAUGUGAACACUAGUACUAGUUCUAGGACAGUACAAAGUCACUAUCAAACAAAGGUAAGAAUAUUUCAGACAUUUAUGUGUGUGUAUUUUGAUCAUAUUGAUGGCGUAUAAUAUUUUAAAUGUUUCAAAGCAGAAAUGAAGACUCUUCUGCUUCCAUUCCUUCUGGGCACCAUGAUGUCCAUUGGCUCUGCGCAGGAGCCUUCACCAUCACCACGUACAUUUAACUUGAGUAUGAUGAACCAAUGUAUUGACGACAUGUUCGACAACUGCAAGGAAAAAAUGGAGGAACAAGUCCAAAAGGUUUACUUCCCAAGAGAGAUCAAGAAUGAGGAAUUUAAAGCGGCUUGGGAAAAAUCAGAAACUUGUUCCAUAAGGAAACUACAAAACCUGCAGAGAAUGUACAGUCAACUAACAAUUAAUCACACUAGAGCCCUUUGUGUCUACACAGAAGAAGAACCAAACAUUUAUCGACCUCUAAAUGCAGCCCUGAGAAAUGGUGCAGCCAAUUACAGCACUAGCAAUUUCCAGUAUCAUGCUUUAUACUUUUGGAUCACUACUGCUCUACAGAUCUUGAAACCCGAUCAAAGUAUUGUACAAACUUACAGAAAAACAGGUGAUGUUUAUAAUGGGCAAGUCAAUCAAACAAUUCGCUUUGGUCACUUUGCUUCUAGUUCUUUGAAUUCCAGUCUGGAUGAUUUUGGUUCAGAGACUUGUUUUCACAUCAAGACCAGAUUAGGAGCGAACAUUGAUAAGUACUCAGAAUUUGCUGAAGAAGAAGUGCUUAUUCCACCCUAUGAGAAGUUCAAAAUAACCAAGAUUGUACCAAACUCUUAUGAAAAGUUGGAAUGUACAAAAAUCUUUGUGUUAGAGAGUGAAGGACAGAGCAGCAAACUCAACUGUAAAGCAGCCAAUCACAACCAGAAAAUGAGAGCUAACCGAGCUUUGACAAUAGGUUUUCAGAUUUUGAUUGGAUUGACAUGGAGCCGGUAUCCAGUUACCUCAAUAUGAACCAUUUAGUAAUUACAUGUAAUCAGCUUUUCAUUAGUUUGUAAUCAUUUUCAUCUUAUUUAAUACUUACUUUUAUGUGCCUGAUCUGCAAAAGUCACUCAAGAAUCACAGUGUAUAUGUUGAUCGAUUACUUAAUUUACUUGGUUAUAUUGAUUUAUAAAUCGUACUGCUAUUAGAUAAUACUUUCAGAGAAUUUGAUAUUUUAAUCACCUUGAACUUCUGAGGGCCAUAAA